AAGAAGAAGAAGAAGAAGAAGAAGAAGAAAAGAGAAGAAGGCUCCUUCUCGAUGAAAUAAACAUGACGAUGUUGACAGCUACGACGCUCUCGGUGCAGCUGCACUAAAAGUACGCCAAGGAAUACAACGAGGGACGUUGGAUAUUGUGUUUAACCAAAUUUGUGACAAACUGUUGUUUGAGUUCUUGGAACAUCAUUUGACACCAUUUGACCAGCUGGGAAGUGGACAGUAAACACUGCAAUGCCUCUGCUGUUCUUGGAGAGGUUUCCCUGGCCCAGCCUGCAGACCUACACAGCACUGAGUGUGGCUCUGCUUGCGGGCAGCAUCUUUAGUGCCUACACCACUGUGACUGACCCUGGGUUUGGGGUCUUGGAAACCGAUGAAACACCAGCUCCCCCUGAAGUGGAUCUUGAACAUCUAAAUAAUGAUAUUAGUAACACAGAAUUGGCAACUACUGUCAUGUGGUAUCUUGUCACUGACAGUCUCUUUGUAUGGGUCUUGGUUAACACAUUCUGCUGUUCUUUGAUGUUAAUUGCCAAAAUGAUUCAGUAUGUGGUGUUUGGCCCGCUCAGGGUCAGUGAGAAGCAGCACCUGAAAGACAAGUUCUGGAACUUCAUCUUCUACAAGUUCAUUUUCAUAUUUGGCGUACUGAACGUGCAGACAGUGGAGGAGGUGGUCAUGUGGUGUCUGUGGUUCUCUGCUUUGGUCUUUCUCCACCUCAUGGUGCAGCUCUGCAAAGACCGAUUUGAAUAUCUGUCUUUUUCGCCCUCAACCCCAAUGAACAGCCACGUACGAGUGCUUUGUCUGCUGGUCUCCCUGCUACUGGACUGCUGUGGCCUUGCUGUGGUCUGUGGUCUGCUGGGAGCUUCCCAUGGCAUGCACACCCUCUCCUUUAUGGCAGCAGAGUGUCUCCUGGUGACUGUACGCACUGGACAUGUCAUCAUGCGAUAUUCCAUUCAUCUGUGGGAUCUGAACCACCCAGGGACCUGGGAGAGUAAGGGGACGUAUGUCUACUACACAGACUUCAUCAUGGAGCUGGCUAUGCUCUUCCUGGACCUUGUGCACCAUAUCCAUAUGCUGCUUUUUGGGAACAUCUGGCUGUCCAUGGCAAGCUUGGUUAUCUUCAUGCAGCUGCGGUAUCUCUUCCAUGAGGUUCAGCGUCGUGUCCGUCGACACAAGAACUACCUUCGUGUCAUUAACAACAUGGAGGCCAGAUUUGCAGUUGCUACUGCAGAGGAGCUGGCAGCUAAUGACGAUGAUUGUGCCAUCUGCUGGGAUACCAUGUUGACGGCACGCAAACUGCCCUGUGGACAUCUCUUCCACAACUCUUGUUUGCGCUCAUGGCUGGAGCAGGACACCUCCUGUCCCACAUGUCGGACAUCUCUCAACAUUAACGGGGACGGGGGCCAGGCGAGGAGCCAGCAGCAGGGCGGGGGCUUGGAAGACAACAUCGGCCCAGUCGGAGCUGCUCCAGAUGCCAGACCACAUAUCAACCAACACAAUCACUUCUUCCACUUUGAUGGAUCUCGCAUUGCCAGCUGGCUGCCCAGUUUCUCAGUUGAAGUCAUGCACACCACCAAUAUCUUGGGCAUCGCUCAGGCCAACAACUCCCAGCUCAUGGCCAUGGCCCAUCAGGUCCAGGAGAUGUUCCCUCAGGUACCCUCGUACCUGGUGAUGCAGGAUCUGCAGUUAACUCGCUCUGUGGAGGUCACCACUGACAACAUCCUGGAGGGACGCAUCCAGGUGCCUUUUCCAACACAGGCCAUAGAACAGUCUUCUGCACAGGUAGGCACUUCGUCGGAUGAGCAGGAAGGUGCAGCAGCUGAGCAGAACGCCAGUGAGUUAGACAACAUGGAGGUCAGAGGAGGUCGCUUCUCCAAGUCGGCUGAGGAGAGGCAGAAGAUGUUGAAGCAGAGGAAAGAAGAGAUUCUUCAGCAGGCACGCAGGAGAUAUCUGAACAAGAGUUCAGAGGAACCGGAUGAGGAUUUGCCCGGACUGGAGGAGGACACUGCUCCAGAGUUGAACUUGACUGUCCUGAGACGUAGAACCAUGGCGGCAGCUGCAGAGAGACGCAUGCAAAAUCUACAAGACCCUGCACCCUGAAAGACAGAUUGGCUUCAGCGAAAGAAAGAGUCUACUGCAUCAUCAUCCCAAGAGGCACAGACAAAGCUAUUUCAACCCUCCCCCAUUCGGUGUACAGUCAGUGGUCAUGACUUAUUAAAAACAAGAAUUGAAAAUCAUUGCAAAUAUGGCCUUUGGACUGUUUUGAGCUGCCUAGAUAAGGUGGGACUAUUGUGAAUGGCCUCUGCAUCCAUGAUUCCAGAGUAUUCAGAGCAUUAUAUAAAUUGAUGGGUGCAAGUCAAGAAUUGCAAGGUUGCACUGCCCUUUAUUCACGUGCCACAUAUUGCAACCACCAGCUUCAGUAGGGAGUCAGUUUUUGCCAUAUUUGGGACUGGCUUUUAAAGAUGAGCAUGCUUUGCAUUGCGAAGAGAGGGCUUCGAAGGUGUCAUUACUAGAGAAAAGCUUUUUGGGUCUUUGUUUUUCUUUUAUUAGAUCUUUAUUUUCACUUGUUUUGCUGAUGGCAGAAAACAACGUAUUCUAAAUGGAGAAACUCAUCUGAUGUAUUUGUGUGUUAUUAUUUUACGAGUUUCAACUGUGAAUUAUGUGUAGGCAAAAUAACAUGUUUUUAUUUCUUACCUUGGAGUAAGAGAAUGUCACUUUAGUAUUGUUCAGCCUUUCUGUCAAAUAUGAAUGUUCCUAUCAAAAAUAAUGCUGCAAACAAAGUGUUUCUGACCCACAUGGGUUGUUCUGUAUUUAGUGUAAUAUCACCCAUUGCAAACAGUUUUGUUAUUUAACAUGGGGGGAGGGGCAUGUAUAUCUUAGUUUUUCUAAUACUGUUCCCUUGGAAUGCAUGGGCAACAAAUGGGAUGUAUUACAUUUUGUUCAAUGGGUGUCAUCCUCUAAGUCCUCCUUAAAUUACACUCUGUUGAUAAGCAGUUCUCUAUGAGUUAAAAUAUUUUUCUUUCUACUGAAUACAUUAAUUAUGCCCUUGGUCAUCUGUGACCAUAGCUUUGGAAUUUUUAGGGUAUAUAUACAUUAAGUCUUUGUUGGCUGGACUUGCUGGAUUGUCUUGAAUGUGUUUUUGCUAUUUACUGAAGAGACUUUGGCAGUAAAACAUUCUUAAGACCUAAGAACAAAUCUAGUUGCCUUUUGACUUAAUAUUUAUAUAUAUUCUAUUACCUGAAUGACAGAGAAUCUCUAUGAAGAAACUUGUAUUUUAUUUCUGAGGCCUUUGUCUUUUUACAUCGAGGUGUGCUAAUUACGAAAAUCAAAGUGGCAAGGAAUAAUCAUUGUUUGCUCUAAGAUCUUCUUUCAGUAAUGCACAACAUAGACUGGGCCCUUAAAACCUUUUUGGUAUAAGUCUGUAGCUGGUUGAGACAUAUCAAAGGACACAAAGAUGGAGACUGUAUUGUAAGUGUUUGAUUUCUUGUUAUUUCAGUGCAAGGGCAGUUUGGGGUGAGAUAUGCAUGAAUCUAGGAAAGUGCUUUUGUUUCCUCCCACUUUAUCCCAAAGAGCAGCCUGCAAACUUUCACAAAAAGCUGAAGUGUUGUGAUCUUUAUUUUGUGUUUAUUUUAUUGCUCAAACUCUGUUUUGGAGAUGUUGUAAGAAGAUACAAUAAAUGGUUUAGAUUUCAAUUAGUCAAAAUGUAAAAAAACAACUAAUUGGACAUUUUUUUUCAUUUUUAAGUUUUGUCAUUCAGUUAUCUAACAACUCUUAAUAUCCAUGGUGUAUUUUCUUAUUCAUGGGUUAUAUUUCAUAACCAUUACUUAUUUGAUCAGAACUGAAAUACUGUUUUGGACUGAGCUUUCCUGUAUUUUUGUGCCUAAAUCAAGAAUGGUUCAGUUAUGGAUAAUUUCUGUAAAUCUAGUUUUUGUAAAAUAUGUUAAUACAAAAGACUCAAUAAACAGAGCUUCUACAGCUUUUUAACAAAA